GCAACUUAAAACUCACAUUUCAUUCAAGAUGCCGAAAACAAGCUCACGUACAGGUCCUCCGAGGAAGGAAGGAAAAAUGAAUAAAAGUGGACAUUCAUUGAAUCCAGACAGAAGUUCUGAUAAUCUUAAAGGAGUUCAGCGACCAAGAUCCAAAGGAACCAUUAAGAGAUUGCAAAUGUACAGAAAUUUCAAGGCAAAGCGAGAUAGACGUGGAAAAAUCAUUAAAGCAGCUCCAUUUCAAGAUUGGGUAUCGUCAGGAACAGUAUCAAGAGUUGAACCAUCGCCAAAAUGGUUUAGUAAUUCAAGAGUAAUCUCACAAUCAGCCUUGCAAAAGUUCCAAGAUGAAAUGGGAAAAGUUAUGAAGGAUCCAUAUCAAGUUGUGAUGAAGCCUACAAAUCUUCCAAUUACUUUAUUAAAUGAAACUGCAAAAUAUCAAAGAGUUCAUUUAUUAGACACACAGUCAUUUGAGACAACAUUCGGAAGUAAAAGUCUACGCAAACGACCCAGUUUAAAGGCUAGAGAUUUGGAGGAUUUAUCAAAAGCAGCUGAGGACGCAACAGAAAAGUAUAGCGAUGAUAAGGAUCACGAUUUAAUAAGAGAUGAUGGUGGAAUUAGACAAAUGCCUCGUGAUUGGGUCUUUGCUGCUGGCCAAAGUAAGAGAAUUUGGAAUGAAUUGCACAAAGUUGUCGAUUCAGCUGAUGUUCUUUUACAAGUGCUUGACGCAAGAGAUCCAAUGGGUACACGAAGUAAAUACAUUGAAGAAUUUUUAAGGAAAGAAAAGAAGCACAAACAUCUCUUCUUCAUUCUUAAUAAAGUUGAUUUAGUUCCAAUUUGGGUGACACAAAGAUGGGUCGCAAUAUUGUCACAAGAAUAUCCAACAAUUGCUUUCCAUGCCUCGAUGACACAUCCAUUCGGUAAAGGUGCUUUAAUUAAUUUACUUCGUCAAAUUGGUAAACUUCAUACUGACAAGAAACAGAUUAGUGUUGGAUUCAUUGGAUAUCCAAAUGUCGGUAAGAGCUCAGUUAUUAAUGCAUUAAGAAGCAAAAAGGUCUGUAAUGUAGCUCCAAUUGCUGGUGAAACAAAAGUCUGGCAAUACAUCACUUUGAUGAAGAAGAUUUUCCUUAUUGACUGUCCGGGUGUAGUUUAUCCAUCAGCUGAAACAGACACAGAGAAAGUGCUUAAAGGUGUCGUCAGAGUUGAGCUAGUAACAAAUCCAGAAGAUUAUGUUGAACAAGUUUUAAUGCGUGUUCGAAAAGAAUAUAUGAUUAAGACGUAUGGAAUUAACGAAUAUGAUAAUCAUAUUGACUUUUUGGAGCAGCUGGCUAAGAAAUCAGGCAAGCUUGUUAAAGGUGGCGAGCCAGAUGUUAACGCAAUCGCUAAAAUGGUCUUAAAUGAUUGGCAACGUGGUAAACUUCCAUUUUAUGUAGCUCCAGAAGGUUUUGAAAUUCCAAAAUCAAGAACAGAAGAGAAGAAGGAUGAAGGCAAAGAAAAUGAAGUUAAGGCUGCAGAAGAUGACGAGACAAAGAGUAUAGCAACAGCAGUUUCACAGUCAGUCAUUAAAGGACGUGAAUUAAGACAAUUGCAAGAUUUCCGAAAGAUUAAAGUAAAUUUAGACUAUGAUCCAGAAGACAUCAAGGAACUAGAUCAAGAAGGAAUUAAGGAAUUUGAGGAAGCAAAGAAACAGCAAGGAGAUAGAAAGAAAAGAAAGCACGAUGACGAGGAAGAAUCUUCAGGAAUUAGUGAUUUCUAUUCCGAGGAUGAAUAUGACGAAGAACAAAAUAAAGUUGUGCAUCGAAAUGCUGGAACUAAGAUAAAAACAACACCGAAUGGCAAGAAACAAAAAACCACAAGUGGAUUUUUCAAAGUGGAGGACAUCAGUGAGCAACCUAAAAAGGAAAAAGUCAUCAAGAAAGUCACAGCCAAGCAAAGGCGAGCAAUUGAAAGGAAGGAGAAGCCUAAGAAAGUCGGCAGUAAUUUCUACGAUGUCGUUAAUGUUAAGAAUAAAACUAAAAGCAGAAAAUUUGCUGGUAAAUGAACGAGAA